UCCGGCCGGCGCCGCAGUUUUGCGUCACAGCGCGAUGGCGGCGCCGGGGCUGUCGAAGGCCGAGUACCUGCGGCGGUACCUGAGCGGCCCCGCCGAGCCCGCCCAGCCCCGCCGCCGCCGCAAGAAGAAGCCGCCGGGCGGCACCGGCAGAGGCGGGAUGCGGAUCGUGGAUGACGAUGUGAGCUGGAACAGCAUCGCCGCCGCCCCGGACAAGGAGGAGGAGGAGGAGGAUGAAGGGGACAUGCCUGUGGUGGCAGAGUUCAUUGAUGAGCGCCCCGAGGAGGUGAAGCUCAUGGAGGAAUUCCGAACAAACUCCAAAUGGAAGCUCCUGGGAGAUGAGGACUCGCAGAGUUCGGAUGUUUCGGGAUCCACCAAGUCUGCCACGAGGCGGCGGCGCCACGACUCCCCAGAGCCCUCAGCCCCAGCAGGGAAACACAACGGCUCCUUGGGGCCCUCUGCUCCCAGGCGGCAGCGGCACGACACCCCUGAUGUGUCACCUCCCCGGAGACAGAGACACGACACCCCUGAUGUGUCACCUCCCCGGAGACAGAGACACGACACCCCUGACCCAUCCCCUCCCAGGAGACAGAGACAUGACACCCCUGAUGUGUCACCUCCCCGGAGACAGAGACACGACACCCCUGACCCAUCCCCUCCCAGGAGACAGAGACAUGACACCCCUAAUGUGUCACCACCCAGGAGACAGCGACAUGACACCCCUGACCCAUCCCCUCCUAGGAGACAGAGACACGACACCCCUGACCCAUCCCCUCCCCGGAGACAACGACAUGACACCCCGGAUCCGUCCCCUCCUAGGAGACGGCGUCAUGACACGCCAGACUUGUCACCUCCCAAAAAGCAGCGUCGUGACACCCCAGAUCUGUCCCCUCCCCGGCGGCGACAGCGUCACGAUACCCCUGACCCAUUCCCUCCCAGGCGACAGCGUCAUGACACACCAGACCUGUCCCCUCCCAGGAGACAACGACACGACACGCCAGACUCGUCACCUCCCAGGAGACGACGUCCUGGCACCCCAGAUCUGUCACCUCCCCGGCGGCGGCAGCGACAUGACACCCCAGACUUGUCCUCUCCCAGGAGACAGCGACAUGACACCCCAGACCUGUCCCCUCCCAGGAGACAGCGACAUGACACCCCAGACUUGUCCCCUCCCAGGAGACAGCGACAUGACACCCCAGACCUGUCCCCUCCCAGGAGACAGCGACAUGACACCCCAGACCUGUCCCCUCCCAGGAGACAGCGUCAGGAUUUGUCACCUCGCAGAGAGAAGCCGGGGUCCCCAAGUAGGAAGAAGAGCCGAACGAAAGGACGGGCUUCUCCCACCCAGAGGGACCAGCAGAGGUCACGGAGCCCCCCGGAGCACUCCCCCCACCACCGGGAUGCCAAGGCUAGCACGAUGUCAUCCGGGGCCAAAGCGGGCCUGGUGUCGGCUGACGUGCUGCAGAGGGAGAAGCAGGAGCUGCGGAAGCACGAGAGGAGCACCAGGCACCUGGAAGAGGAAUCCCGGAACGCUCAGACCGUGUUCCGAGACAAGUCCGGCCGCAAGAGGAACCUGGCCCAGGAGCAGCUGGAGCAGAGGCUGAAGGCUGAGGCAGAGGCCAAGAGAGAAGAGCAAUAUGCCAAGUGGGGAAAAGGGCUGGCCCAGGAGAGGCAGCAGCAGCAGAAUGUGGAGGAUGCAGUCAAGGAGAUGCAGAAGCCCUUGGCCCGUUAUAUUGAUGACCAGGACCUGGACCGAAUGCUGAGGGAGCAGGAGAGGGAAGGAGACCCCAUGGCUGCUCUCAUCAAGAAGAGGAAGGCCAAGGAGAACAAGGAGAAAGAAAAACCCAGGUACAAGGGACCAGCACCUCCACUCAACAGGUUCAACAUCUGGCCCGGGCAUCGCUGGGACGGUGUGGACAGGUCCAACGGGUUCGAGCAGCAGCGCUUCGCCCGCAUUGCCAACAAGAAGGCAGUGCAGGAGCUGGCCUACAAGUGGAGCGUGGAGGACAUGUAGGGAGAGCUCCUGCAGUGCCCCACAGGCACCACCUGCUGCCACAGCCCUGAGGAAUGGCCUGCUCUCCCUGCUGCAAGGCCUGUGCUCGGCGUUCAGCAGCACACUGGGCCAUCUUCUGAGAGGCAAGGCUGGAUCUCCCUGGCAGCCAGAGCCUCCAGCUCCGUGGGGAGGACACUGGUUUCUUGUUUGUUUUCUAACAAACUUCUGUUCUAUGCCAAAUGACUUCUGAGGGCAGUUCCCAAGUCUUCAGGUGUCCUAAAUCUCAGGUGAAAAUCUGAAUGCUUGGGCUUGGGAGAGUUCCCCUCAUGCCGUGGGUCAGUCUGCUCCAGAACUCAGGUUAAGUGGAACUUCUGAACUUUUGUCAAGUUUAUGCAGUUAUUUUGCCAUGUGGAUCCCAGAGUCACCCACAUGCAGGAAAGUUCAAACUCAGCUUCUCCUGACCCUGUCCAAGCAGGAAGCUGAGCAGGGAAUGCUCUGGCACUGGAAGAGCGACCUGCAGUGCUGCAUUGGGCAGCAAGAUCUUCAGGAGCCUCUGCAGUUCUGCAGGGCUCCAUUUCUAGUGGAAAUAAAUGUGUGGAGAAUUAGGACUUAAGGCCUGGAAUUGUUUCCCUCACAGUUUGGAGCAGCUGCUCCCCCCAGACCCCUCUGGAUUUGGGGCUGAUCUCAGCACUUGGCUCGCUCUGGUGGGAGGUGUAACAACCUGUAACAACCCUCUCCUGUGAUCAGAUUUGUCAGUCUCAGAGCUUCCCUUAAUCCCUGUGUGCCAGAAAGCACUUGUGGAAAUAAAUACAGUUGUUCUUGCUGAGGUCCCAGGCAGCAGGGAUGAAUGCAGGCAGCAGUUUCCAUGGAGAUGCCUUGGCUGCAGCAGUGGGCAGGGCAGGGCAGGAUCGCUGUUUCCAGGGAUUCUCCAGCACUGGGAGGGCCGUGGGUGGGAGGGACAGCAGCACAGUCUGCUCUGGAGUGCCAGACUCGUGGGACUUCCCUGCUUUUCAUCCCUCUGUCACAUUUCCAGCAGCCCUGGAAUUGGUGUGUUCACCUGUAAAUAAACCCUUUUUUUUUUUUUUUU